AAUGCGGAAGUCGCUGAGCAUUUGUCAACAAGAGGCCGACUGACACGGCGAAGUCUUCCUGAACCAAACCUCCCAAAAUGGCUCUUUACUGACAUUUUUACAUAUGUAUAUGUUUAAAUCUUAUAAGUUUUCAUCCUUUUUAAAUAAUUUUAAACACUUGAGAGUGAAACCAUCAUCACAAUGUCAGUCACCCACAAACUAUGUGCACUACUAGUUUUCUCCAUAACAGCGUGCAGUCGUUUAGGGCCUGCCCUCUGUGCUGCCCACUGUGGGAUUCCCACUCAGGUCUUUGACAGUAAAGUGGGAGAGAUAAGGAGUUCUGCUUACCACAGCUGGUCUUACCGCUUUGGCUCUUCUAAUGACUGCUGGAUCAUCAAGGGUUUAGAGGAUGAACCGAUUGUUCUCAGCUUCACUCAGUUCUCAGUGCGGUGUAAUAAGGAGUGGGUGUCUAUAAAAUCAUCAGCUGGCGGGGAGCCGUUUCUUCUUUGUGGCUCCAAGUUGCCGCAGCCAUUGGAGUUCCCGGGGGGAAAUAUUACUGUGAUGCACCAUUUCCUCCCUCACCUGUUCCCGGUGUCAUCGUUUCUGCUGAGCUAUGCCAGGGACUCGGGCGAGUGCCCAGAGACCUCCUUUAGGUGCCCUGGAGGUCGGUGCCUGCCGCUGUCCUGGCGCUGUAACGGGCAAGUGGAAUGUCUCGACAAAGGCUUUGGCAUUGAUGAGAAGGGCUGUUAUGAUGAAAUGGACUACGAAGAUACUCAAACUGUAUCGUACAAAGACAAGAACCAAGAUAGUGGCACAGAGAGACGCAAGGUCACAGACAAAACUCCCAGCUCAGGGAGAUCAACUGAGGGGUAUACUUAUGAUGAUCUCUCGCUGGAAAAGGAGCAAGACAAAGUGGAUCAAGAGCGGCCUCGCACACAACAGGAGCUGGUUCCAACAUCCUCUACUAUCGAGGGGCCUUGUGGAGGGCUUCUUCAGACGUUUUAUGGGACCUUCUCUCCUCCAGCUUCCCGGGGUCGUAAGAUGUUCUGUGUCUGGACUCUGGACCCUCAGGACUCCAGACCACUGAGAUUGGACCUACAGCAGCUGAUUCUGGGGCCCGGGGAUAGAAUCACUGUCUACAACAGAGCAGAAGGCAAAGGAGACAUUUUAAGAAAUAUCACCAGCAUGUCCAAUUACAGAUCAGUGCAAGUUGAGUCCCACACUGGUGUGCUGUCGCUUGCAUAUGAUAGACUUCCUGGCUCUGAAGGGGUCGGUUUUAAGGCCACGUUCCACGUCGGGAGCUACUGUCCUCCGGGAGAAGGUCGAUGUGGUGGAGCAGCAGGAGGCUGCUUCACACAGGAGCAGCGCUGCGAUGGGAAAUGGGACUGUCCUGAGACAGGGAAAGAUGAGGAGGGCUGCAGGGGCUGCAGUCCAAACCAGUUUGCUUGUGGGGUUGCAGGACAGAGGGCGGUGGCAUCCAGCCACUUCGCCAGCAGACCAGUGUGUUACCCGGUGAGCGAGAGAUGCAACUACCAGUUGUACUGUGCUGAUGGGAGCGAUGAGAAGGACUGCACUGUUUGUCAGCCGGGAACCUUUCAUUGUGACAGUGACAGGUGUGUGUUUGAGAGCUGGAGGUGUGACGGCCAGGUGGACUGUAAAGAUGGCACGGAUGAGGUCAAUUGCACAGUCAUUCUGCCUCGCAAGGUCAUCACUGCGGCAACGGUGGGCAGCCUUGUCUGCGGGCUGCUGCUGGUCAUUGCCAUGGGCUGCACGUGUAAACUGUACUCGCUCAGGACCAGAGAGUACAGCAUGUUUGCUCCAAUAAGCCGCCAGGAAGCACAGCUCAUCCAGCAGCAGGCUCCUCCCUCCUACGGUCAGCUGAUUGCUCAAGGUAUCAUCCCCCCGGUGGAGGACUUCCCCACAGAAAACCCCAGUGAGGCUUCUUCUCUUUCAUUGAGAGGAAUUCUUCAGCUCCUCCGUCAGGAUGCCGUCAACUCCUCACACCGCAGACGCAGGCCCCGAUUCGUCCGCCGCGCUGUUCGCCGCAUGAGGAGGUGGGGUCUCCUCCCCAGACCCGCCUCUAGGCCAAGUCAGAGCUCAAGUUCCGGUCAGCAGCAGUCAAACUCGGCUCCCUCUGGUCAGGAUCCGGCCCGCUCCACACCCACAAGCUCCUCGUCCGCGGUGGAAGCGGUCAACCAGCCCGUGCCUCAAAAACUCGGCUUGUUGACUCAGACGGAGCAGCAUCAGCAACAGGAUGCCUCUCUACUGCCACUGCCUCCAUCACCCACCGCCUCCUCGCCUCCCCCUCCAUAUGCUCCCCCGGCUCCAGACUUGACCAGUCCCCAAACUCCCCCAGUUGCUGUACCCCCAAGUAGCCCCUCCUUGGCCUCUAUCUUUCAUACGAUAGGCCUGGGUAUUUCCCUCUUCCGAGGCUCGCCCUCUUCCACCUCCACCAACUCCAUGCCUCUUUCUUCAUCUCCUUCUUUCUCCUCUUCUUCCACCUCAGAUGAUGAGGUUUUGCUCAUCCCUCUGUCUGAAGACACUAAUUCAGAGGAAGAUGUGCCCAUGCUCACCUGAAUGAUUCCUUCACUUCGUACGCCACACCUCUGCUACUCUUAACCCUCCACCCAAAAAAAACAAAAAAAAAACAACAAAAAAUCUUUUUUUUUUUUUUUUUCUUCACACUUUUGCUUGAAUCUAAGCACAGGAGGGGCGCUCAGCGAGACUCAUCCUCUCUGUGCAAGUCUGGUGCCUUUAGAAAUUACCUUGAGUUUGAUUUGUUGACAUUUGGAAUCAAGUAUUGGACUCUUUAAUACCUCCUUAAGAAAGUGUAAAUGAGGGGCAUGGUUGAGAUGUAUUGCAGGUCAGUAUUGGAUGUGCACAUAACGCUGGACGGCACAGAGAAGGAGACCUUUGCACAGAAGAAUCUUCCCUAUCUAGACCCUGAAGCAAAAUGCUGUCAGACUGAAUGGUUUGAGUUCUUAAGAUGGAAAUGUUUGUGUUCAUAUGACUGUAACUGUAAGAAGGCAGUUGCAUUUUCGAUUUAUGUAGACAGUGGAGUAUGAUUGCAGAUGUGAAUCGUCUCUGCAUACUUCUGCCACUUCCAUCCGUUCUGAUAGAUCACAAGCGAAACAGAAAACGAGAAUAUUUCCCCCUAUUUAAGUGCCUUUUAAGGAGUCUGCUGGUGAAGAAGAUUGCAAAGUUUUGAAGACAUAGUGCACACAGUGUUUCCUCCUUAUCAUAGCCCACAUCAGCACAUCAGCGGCUUUAUUAUGACACACAAAAUGCAUGUCGACUCUGCAAGCUGGCAAUAAUAUUUCAGGAUGUGUUUUAGUGUAAAUGAUUGCAAAGUAACUACGUGUGUAAUUACACAUAGGUAUACCCUUCCAAAUGAAUGAAUGUAAUCCGCAGCAGCAAAUGUUUCAAAAGACAAUCUCUUUGGUGCCUGAUUUUUUUUUAAUUUUAUUUUAGGACAUAGGUUUGUGUGCACAGAAAGAUGAGGCGUCCCUAGUGAUGACAGGGCACCAAAUUCACAAAUUAAACCUCAGUCUCUGCCGGGAGUUAGAACACUUUUUCCUCACAGUUUGACACAACAGACUUGUGGUGUGCCAAUUGUAUUGUCAUUGUUAUUAUUUCGCUUUUUAUCCUGUUUUUAUUUCAACAAGCUUUUUUUUUUCUUUUUUUUAAAGCUGUUCUUUUUGCUUUUGUUGAAUGUAGUAAGGUUGAUGUGGAGUAGUCCGAAGUGUUAGAAUUGUGAUGGAAUGAGGUAAAUAAAAGAGAAAGUGAUUUUUAUGAUUUAAUAAGGUCAACUUCACUGUAUAUAAGUAACAAUGUGGAUGAGAUUAAACAAUUUGCACUUUUA